GGGAUGUGCGACAAGUCCAUUUGCCUUUCAAAUUUCAGAACGACGGCGUCCGCUUUUCAGCUUAGGAAACCCUAAACCCUAGCCCCCUCUCCCCACUCCCAUGGCGCCGCCGUCGCAACUGGUGCUCGCGGCCUCCUCCACCGACGCCGGCGUGGCCGCGUGGGACCUCCGCACGGGGUCCGAGGCCAUCCGCCACCGCCCCUGCGCCUCCCGGCCACGUGCCGUCGCUGCCGUCGCCGGCCGCUUCCUCGCCGCCGCCCAAAUCGCCGCCGGCAACUCCGCCCCCAUCCACUACUACCACUGGGACAAGCCUCAGGUGGCUGUGAAGAGCUUCCCCGCCGAGCCAAUCCGCGCGCUCAUUGCUGACCCGGAGGGGAACUAUCUCAUCGGCGGCGGUGUGUCCGGUGACAUAUUCUUUUGGGAGGUGGCUAGUGGAGAGCUGCUUGUCCGAUGGCAUGCUCACUAUCGUGAUGUUAGGUGCCUUGCCCUCUAUGACAUGUUGCUUGUCUCAGCGUCCGAGGAUGGGAGCAUCAAAAUUUGGGAUCUUCUCACGAUGCUUGAUGAGCAAUCAAGGUUUGAGGCAAAGACGCCAUACCUAUACAACUUCAAUCAGCACACACUUCCUGUAACUGAUAUUGCUUGUUUUCAUGGAGCAAUUGCUGUGUCAUCUUCAGAGGACCGCACAUGUAAAAUAUGGAGUCUAUCAGAGGGCAGGAUGCUGAGAAGUAUUUCAUUUCCUGCUAUCAUUGAUUCUGUUGAAAUAGACCCAAGAAGUCAUAUUUUCUAUGCUGGUGGUAGAGAUGGAAAGAUAUAUGUUACUGCUAUGGGUGUUGAUGCCUCCUCUCAGGGCCGUGAUGAUUCGUCUAUUCUCGGUAUUCUGGAUGACCACAGGAGGACUGUCGCUGCGCCACGGGCUGCACAUCCUUCCUGUUGCUGCUGCCCAUGUUUUAGUCUGCUGGUGCACUUCUGGCUAGAAGCUGGGAAAAGUGAGGCGAUAAGCUGCUUGGUCCAUGAACUUGGAAGUUGUAAACAAAAAUGUUUGAAUGGUCUCUUGAUCAAGGAGAGUAUGAUCUGUUUACUGGUACCAGAUUUGGUGUUGCUGUGCUACGCUCGGCUGCCUGGGAGCAAUAAAGAAAUCAAGGCGGUAACGAGCUUAACAUCAAGUACAGAUGGCCUUCUACUAGUCUCUGGUUCGGAGGAUGGUAAUGUUCGGGUUUGGGAUACCAGAAGUCAGCAAGUAACCCGAAAAUUCAAACACUCCCAAGGUCCAGUAACUAAUGUUCUCAUAGUAACACCCAAAAGAUUAAACCUGCCACCUUUACAACCAUUGCGGAAAGUGUGUGCAGCAAGUGGCGAAGUUGUACCACGAGCUGUAAUUCUGCCCAACCCUGAAAAUGAUGUUCAUAUUGCUGGAAAUCUCAGCUCUAACCUUCUAGAGCAGCUCUUGGAUGCACAACAGCAGCACGGCAGCUCUAGGUUAUUUGAUUCUGGGGUGAGCACUCUCAAUGGCGUACCAAACCAACAGGGGGCAGAAUGGAGAAGUAAAUACCUAGAGUUGCAGGAUCUUUUUGUGCAUGAGGUUCUUGGUGAUAUGCCAUCUUAAUGGACAUAUGAUACCACAAGACUGGAUAUUAUGGGCUACUGUCAGUUAGGAGGUUUGUGGUGAAGAACUGUUCAACACAUGAUUUGGUGUUCAACUAGCAAACCUGGGAAAUCCAUGGAUGCCAAAGAUGACUUCCUUAUAACAAGGAAACUCCUUACCUUUCAUUGCGUCCACAUGUCAAUUGACAUGUGGCAGAGCCAUAUCAGAAAUAGUAGGAAAAACUAUAAACGGAGCAAAGAUGGGACAUCUUAAACUGUAAUUCGACUGUGUAAACAGAAAUGAAGAAAUUUUCGCUUAUUGUGGGGUACUGCUUUAGUAGGCUA